CAAUCAUUCAAUUAACAAUUGGAUUAGGAAUCAAAGAGUCAAAACUCGAAAGUGGAGGGACCAAACCGACCAACUUUACAUUACACCAAUAGCUAUAAAUAAUUUAUUAAUUCAAAUCUCAAAAGAGGAUGAAUCAAAUCAUAAACAAUCAUAAACCCUGGCUUUUCCUUUUUCUACUUUACUAUUCUGAAUUACAUACAUCUUCAAGAACUGAGAGGAGCUUCUGCAACAAAUUUCUGGGCUAAAAAGUCUCAGACAACAAAAGAUGCCAUCAGAGCCGUUCCUUUGGCUACUGUUUUUCCUGAUGAACUUUGGUCUAAUGGGCCUCAAUAUCUACCAGGUAAAAACUGAUAUCAAUUCUCCUGUCUGGGAAUUUUUAUUUUUAUUUUUUUCCUGAAGGUUUCUGUUGCUUUAUUGAACGAAUUGGUAGCUAGUUAUUCAUUAGCUUUUAUUCUUUGCACUGGAUUAAAAUCCCAACAGAAGGAUAAAAAAGGGAACUUUUUUAAUGGAGAAAGUCAUUUAUGUCCGAACCACAAUGGAAGUUUGUGGAGGACAAAUGGAAUUGGGGUCUAAAAACUGGAAUUCUGUUUGUAAGAUUUGGAAUUACUUCGAAGCUUUUUAUAUGUAAUCUUCUUCAGCUACAGGGCUUUUUCUGGGAAAUGAUUGUAUUGUAAGAUUUUUGCUGAAGUUUGGUCAGAUGGUUGGACUUAGGGGGUUGGGACAUUUUGCUUUCUCUUUAUGCAGAUCCGAAUCUCCUUCUGAACCCAAAUUGUAGAGUUUUGGGGGGUAACUUUACAAGGCAGAGUCAUUUUCUGUUCUUUUUGCUGAAGGUUUCGAAUUAUCUGUAAAGAUUAAGUUAGACGGAGAUUUACUACCCUGGAUUGAUUGGCUUUCUGUUUCAUGUAUUGUGUGUAUAUCUUAAUGUAUUUCUUUCGUAUCGAUGGUGGACUUAGUUCGCUGCUGAAUCAGUCCUAGAUUACAUGCUCUCUAAAUAUGGUCAUCUUGUCCUUUUAGUCCUUAUCAAAUUCUUUAUUAACUCCUUUAUUGUGUAGUUCAUGACUUUGACAGAUUUGGAAGCUGACUACUUGAAUCCAUAUGAAACGGCAUCUCGCAUAAAUGGUGUGGUCAUUCCUGAGUUUUUGCUGCAUGGUACAUUCUGUGUUUUAUUUCUCCUGGCAGGGAAUUGGAUUUUCUUCCUUAUUACACUUUUGCCUGCCUAUCUUAAUGCAAGGAGAUAUUUGGAGCGACAACAUCUUAUUGAUGUAACUGAAAUCUUCAGAAAGGUCAAUGAUGAGAAGAAGUUACGAACUAUCAAGAUGGGUUUUCAUUUGAUUCUGUUUGUAUUCAUUUUGAUCAGGUUGAUAUUUUCUUUCAUCAACGCUGUGGCCGAUGAAGAUGAGCAGCUUCACUUUUACGGCUUGUUCUGAUCACUAACAUGCUAUGGCUAUGUGAUUUAAGGCUUCGCGCAAAGCCCAACAUCUAGAAAUCUGGCUUUGGAUUCUGACCAAUCUAACAUACUGUAUGAGACUCUCCCUUGAGCAAAGCUGGUUAAGGAGAGGAAAGUUGAAAAUGAAUGUUGUCCUCUUUUAUCUCCACUUUUCCUAACCUUCAGCAGGGAGCAUGUAAUAUUAGAUUGUUUCAAGCUCUCAACCAUUAGUAGAGAUCCAUUUUGUUUCCUGUUUCUCUUUUUGUGGAUGAUCAGCGUCUAACCUAACCUUUCUAUGUUAAAGGAAGAGUUAGUGCGUUGGAGAUUGAACCGAAGAUUCUCCAUCCGUGAUCUGUCCCAUUUUAACAGUCUACUGCUUUAUUUUUUUGCUGAACUAAAAUAGGACGACUAAACUACUAAACUGUGAUAGAGGGUGGUGAAAUGAAAUUAAGGACCGAGUUAUGAGAUAAAAUUGCUUCAUGAUUAAAUUGGC